UCUUCCUUAGCAUGUAUGUCUAUUUGGCAAGUGUCACAUGGAACAUCAUCCGACCAAGGUGCGCGCGCAUGGCUGCGAGUCGUCUACUUUUUUCCAUGGUGCCCAUGAGCACCAUGCUCAUGGUCGCUGUGCUCGUGGUCGCUGUGCUCGUGGUCGCUGUGAUCAUGCCCACCGGGCAGACCAGCGGCAAAUUUCACCCGGUGCCCAAGGCCGAUGUCCGAGGAGCUGGCCAGCUGCGAGGCUGUCUGCCGGGCCACCAUGUCCUCGAUGCGACCGAGACGCUGCUCGCGAGUUUCGGCCCCGGUGGUGCUCGCGCCGGUCGCGGCCUGGACCUCCUCCAGCGAGACCAUGGGCCGGGCGGCACGAGCGGCAUUGGCACCGGCACCACUGGCUGGCAGGAAGGGGGAUGCACUGCUGAAGGCUGCCGGGCGCACGUGAAUUGCCCGGACCCCGGGCUCCGAUAGGAUUCGCAGCUGCUUGCGUCCCUGGCGCAGGUGGUGCUCGAUCAACUCAUGGUCCAGACGUGAGAGGGACCGACGCUUGUCAUCGAACUCCGCGCGAAUCGACUGCCGGAGGGACCCGCCACCAGGAGCAGUGGCCUGGAGUCCGGCGCCGGCGGCCGCCUGCUCCUGGCGCAUGGCCAGUCGCGUAAAGGCCCGGUACAGGGAGAGGACCUCCUUCUGGAGACCGGAGUAGCGAAUGGGUCGAGCCAUGAUAGCUGCCUGACGUGUGACAAGAGGGGGGGG